AGAAGAAGAACCAGCAGAAGAAGAAGCGAAAAAGAACCAAGAUGGCGGCGCAGGUGAAGCUGUGUUGCUUGGACAGUUUUCCUGCGCACCUGAGUCCUCUGGAUGUUCUGGUCCUGAAGCGUCACCACAACUUAGUUUUCCAGAACGACUCGGACCCGCCGACUGUCCUGUUUACGCCGCAGCGGUGCCAGGGCUUCGAGAAAAGGGGCAUUCUACUCCGCGUGCACUCCACCACCGAGGAGGAGACGGCGAGCCGCGGAGGCAGAACCUCCCCCCUGAGCGACACCGAAUCCGAACGCCGGGUCCGAUUGUUUGUUAGCCGCUUCUUCUUGCGGCACAAUGACUGCCAGCGCCACGGGGGCACCGGGACCGUCCGGGUUCUGGAGCCGGUCGGAUUGGACCGAGUAGUGCUCGGAGCCCGCAGCAGGCGGAGUCUUCGCUGGGCCGCGUGCGAGCGGUUCAGCGGCGGGCUGCUGGAGCUGUGCCGCCCGGGACAGUGGCUGCUGGCCCGGCAGGGAGCCCCGCUGCUGCUGCCCCCACACCCGCUGCUGGGAGAGGACCCGGGGCAGGUGCAGCAGCGGCUGAUGGACCUGCUGGUUUUGGAGUGCAGUCCUGUGACACAGGGAAGGAUCACUGCCGACACCGCCCUGGUUCUGACUGACUGCUGGGACUCUGUGGACCCCCCAUCUGGGCCCCCGCCCUGCAGACCGCUCAGACUGUGCGUGUCCGACUUCGCUCAUUACGCCGACAGCCUCGGGGGAGGACGAUGUCUUUUCGACAACCACAACCUCCUGGGCUUUGAUUUGUCUGACGUCCUGCAGGCGCUGGAGUGUCGGCUGGACGUCCGGGUGGUCGACACUCAGCGAUGGCUCGGGGUCAGAGGUCAGCAGGGAGCUGCAGUGGAUGUAGACAGCUGUGUGUUUGUGAGUAAACAGCUGCUCCUCAGACAGGGGCUGUUCAACCAGGAGUGGGUGAGACUGUGGAGGCCAAGCGGGUCCUCCAGAACCUCGACCGAAGUCAGGGGGUUGUGCAGAGAGCGGCUGGUCUCAGUUGUGGUGGUGGACAUGACUCCAGACCUGCAGAUUCACGGUGAAGCCGGACUGAUAUCAGCGACUCUGUGGUUUAACCUGACUGAAGGCGACGUGAUCCCCCUAAACGGCUGCAGCCUGAGGAUGAAGAGGUGGCAGUCGCCUCCAGAUCCUGGUGGUUUCUCUGAGAGUUUCUGUCGCUCAGCGGCUCCGUCGUUCGCUGCUGAGCUUCACAUCCAACCUGUCGCCUCUCCGCUGUACAGCAACCUCAGCUGCUAUGACAACCUGCUGUCCCAGCACUUCAGCACCUCCAGGUCAGCUCGACGGCACCAACCCCAGGUGGUGUCAUGGCCUCAGAACCGACUGGUUUCACAGGGAGACAUUUUGACUGUUCCAACUGAAAACCAUCCAGACCUGCUGGAGAACAGGUCAGAUGGCAUCCACAGGAGUCCCGUGCUGUUUUUCAAAGUGCAGAAGGUGUCUCCAUGUGCGCAGGAGAGGGAUGGGGGAGGAGGAGGAGGAGCGUACCUGGCUGACAGACUACACACCUCGCUCUACAUGGGUGCGUCCACCAACAGUCCCGUCCCCUGCUGCUUGAUGGAGGUAGUGCCUCUGUGGAGCCUGUCUCUUCCAGGCCUCAACAAGACUGUCGACAUCAUCGUCAGCAUCAUCCUGCCUCACCUGCACCACAGCAGCUCUUUGCGUGGCUGCACCAUCGCCCUUCAUGGUCCUGCAGGCAGCGGGAAGGUGGCGGUGGUCAGCGCUACGAGUCGCAGACUCAACCUCCACCUGCUGAAGGUGGACUGUGUGAGUGUUUGUGCUGACUCUGCUGCAGCCACUGAGGUGAAGCUGGCGUCUGUGUUUCAGCGGGCCGUGGCCCUGCAGCCCUGCAUCCUUCUGCUCAGGAACCUGCAGUUGCUGCUCAAGCCCAAGGGGUUCGAGGAGGACGGGAGGGUGCCGGCAAUGUUGUGCCAACUGCUCCACAGCGCCCCCAGCAGUGUGGUGGUGGUAGCGACGCUGUGCAGACCUCGGGAUCUGUCUGCAGCUGUCAUGGCAGCCUUUGUUCAUCAGGUGGUGCUUGAGAACCCCACAGAGGAGCAGCGCCGGGCCGUGCUGGCCGGCCUGAGCCGAGACCUUCACCUGGGCAGAGACGUGAACCUGGACAGACUUGCUACGCUCACGGCAGGUUUCGUGUUGGGUGACCUGAGAGCUCUGCUGGUUGAGGCUGGUAGAGCAGCCUGCAGGAGGCUGGUCCACACCUGUGAAGGUCGGCAGGAGGAGGAUCUGUGCUCCAGUGGCGUGACCAUCCAGAACCAGGACAUUAGCUCUGCUCUGAGGAACCUGCAGGAUGCCCAGGCCAAGGCCAUCGGGGCCCCCAAGAUCCCUGACGUGCGCUGGGAGGAUGUCGGAGGUCUCCAGCAGGUCAAGAAAGAAAUCCUGGACACGGUCCAGCUUCCUCUGCAGCAUCCAGAGCUCCUGACUCUGGGUCUGAACCGGACCGGGGUCCUCCUAUAUGGACCGCCAGGGACAGGAAAGACCCUGCUGGCCAAAGCUGUGGCUACCGAGUGCUCCAUGACCUUCCUCAGCGUUAAGGGUCCUGAGCUGAUCAACAUGUACGUGGGUCAGAGUGAAGAGAACAUAAGAGAAGUGUUCUGCAGAGCUCGCUUGGCUGCUCCCUGCGUUGUCUUCUUUGAUGAAUUGGACUCUCUGGCUCCCAGCAGGGGGCACAGUGGGGACUCUGGAGGGGUGAUGGACAGAGUUGUGUCCCAGCUGCUGGCUGAGCUCGACGCUCUGCACUCGUCUGCUGGGGUUUUCGUGAUUGGAGCAACAAACCGUCCAGACCUGCUGGACCAGUCGCUGCUGAGGCCUGGCAGGUUUGAUAAGCUGGUUUAUGUGGGAAUCAAUGAGGACCGAGUGUCUCAGCUGCAGGUUCUCCAAGCCGUCCUCAGAAAGUUCCAGUUGGAGGCUGCACUGAACCUGCAGGAGGUGGUCGAUCGUUGUCCUGCUCAAAUGAGUGGCGCCGACCUGUACGCGCUCUGUUCAGACGCCAUGACAGCUGCCAUCAAGAGGAAGAUCUCGUUCAUCAGCGAAGGCCUGGACUCUGAGGACUCUGCCCUCGUCCUGUCGGUAGAAGAUUUCUGUGUCGCGCUAGAGAACUUCAAACCAUCUGUUUCUGACCAGGAACUGCUGCGAUACAGAAACAUUCAACAGAUACUGGCUGCAAAGUAGAAACGGGUCCAGCUGGAACUAUGGCAGCUGUGAUGCUACAAAGCUGGCUGUAGAGGGCGCCGUGGCACCAGGCCAGGAUGGAAGCCUGUGGAGCCAUGUCAGGGAGGCAGAGACCAACCUGGAGGGAGGAAGGAGGGGAAGACGCAGGCACUGCAAUGCAGAUCACGCGGGGGAGGAAAGGAGCUGCUUUUUUUCUGAGGGGGGAGGUUCAGGGAUUCCCCGUCGCUUUGGAAAAGCUCCAGCAGGACAAGAAGCCGCGAGUGGCUGAGCUCAGAUGGAAACGAGACCGAGAAAUGAACGCCAUGUAACAGAUCUCAGCAGUUUAUCUGAUGAAAUAGGAGCAAACCGUUUCCACGGUGACCAGUGCCAUGUACUUGAUUCAUCUUUUGUUAAGAAGUAGCUUUUUCUGAACUGUUGUUUAGUCUCUUGAUGGUCACAACAGGUGAAAAAGAGUCCAGCAGAAACAAACUGCAAAGUAAAAAAAACAUUUAUUGAUUAUCUUUUAUAAACGCUCUUUGCUGA